GCCAUCGACUGCGGUUCAGUUGGUGUCCACCUUUGCUCUGUUCAUCCGUGGUCUGUUUUGAUCAGUACGUUUAUCGUUGCCUCUGCUGAGCCACAGGAACCGCAUUAUUUACACUAAACACCCAACCAUGGCGGCCAGUAACGGUGAUUCCAAGAUGACUCAACAGGGACCCGCCUUUGACUCGAAUGCGAUGACGCUGACUCGCUUCGUGCUGCAGGAGCAGCGCAGGUUUAAGGAAGCAACGGGAGAUCUGUCCCAGCUGCUGAACUGCAUACAGACGGCCAUCAAGGCGACUGCGUCGGCUGUGCGGAAGGCUGGCAUUGCCAAGCUGCAUGGCAUUGCGGGGGAUGUGAAUGUGCAGGGCGAGGAGGUGAAGAAAUUGGAUGUGCUGUCCAAUGAGCUGUUCAUCAAUAUGCUGAAGUCCUCGUACACCACCUGCCUGAUGGUCUCCGAGGAGAAUGAGAAUGUCAUCGAGGUGGAGACAGAGCGACAGGGCAAAUAUAUUGUUUGCUUUGAUCCACUGGAUGGUUCGUCCAACAUUGACUGCCUGGUUUCGAUUGGCUCCAUUUUUGCCAUCUACCGCAAGAAGAGCACGGGCGUGCCCACCGUGGAGGAUGCACUGCAGCCCGGUAAUCAGCUAGUGGCCGCUGGCUAUGCGCUCUACGGCUCCGCCACAGCCAUUGUCUUGGGAUUGGGUAGCGGCGUCAACGGCUUCACCUACGACCCGGCCAUUGGUGAGUUUAUUUUGACCGAUCCGAAUAUGCGCGUGCCCGAGAAGGGUAAGAUCUAUUCCAUCAAUGAGGGCUAUGCCAGUGAUUGGGAGGCGGGUGUCUAUAACUACAUUGCGGCCAAAAAGGAUCCCAGCAAGGGCAAGCCAUAUGGUGCCCGUUAUGUCGGCUCCAUGGUGGCCGAUGUGCAUCGCACCAUCAAAUAUGGCGGCAUCUUCAUCUACCCGGCCACCAAAUCUGCGCCCAAUGGCAAACUGCGUCUGCUCUACGAGUGCAAUCCCAUGGCCUAUCUCAUGAUCCUUGCCGGCGGCCUGGCCAGCGAUGGCAAGAAAAGCAUACUGGACAUUGUGCCACAAAAGAUACACGAACGCAGUCCCAUAUUCUUGGGCUCCAAAGCUGAUGUCGAGGAGGCUCUCAGCUACCUGAAGUGAUGUGUGUGUUUUAUACUAUUUGGAAAAUAAAUAAUCGUUUUUUUAUAUACUA